AUGUGUAUGAUAUUUCAGGAGCCAGUGACCUUCCGGGAUGUGGCUGUAGACUUCACCCAAGAGGAGUGGGGACAGCUGGAUCCUACCCAGAGGACUCUGUACCGUGAUGUGAUGCUGGAGACCUUUGGGCACCUGCUUUCUGUGGGUCCUGAGCUUCCCAAACCUGACGUCAUCUCCCAGCUGGAGCAAGGGGCUGAGCUCUGGGUGGUUGGGAGAAGAGUCACCCAAACCUGCCAUCCAGAUUGGGCACUUGGACCUGAAGACUACACUUCCCUCAAGGCACAGGACCUCCCUAAGGAGGAGCCAUCCCCCAGUACAGAGAGGGAAGAGCUGCCGAAGGAGGGCCCAUGUCCCUCCAUGACUGGGGGAGCCUGGAAGCAUGAGGGUCAGCACCAGGCACUCAGAAAGAAUCCGAGUAACUUGAGGCAAUUGGAAUUUAGCCUCAAGGAAAGAUCAAUUCAGAGUCAGGGCUGUGAAAGUCUCAGACUUGGGGAAAACUGUGUCCUAAGUUCAAACCCAGAUCCAUUCCUGGAGAUUUCUAGGAAAAAAUAUUUCUCGGUUUACGACUCACAAGUUAAAGACUCAGAACAUAAUGCAGGCUUAGUCAGUCAGCAGACAAGCUCCCCAGGAACACAGUUCUGUGAUGACCGUGGCUGUCCCAAAGCCUCCAAUCAGGCUGUGCAUGUUACAGAGCUCAGAAAAAGCCAGGUGCAAGAUAAACCCUACAAAUGCACUGACUGUGGAAAGUCAUUUAACCAUAAUGCACACCUUACAGUGCACAAGAGGAUCCACACGGGAGAGAGACCUUACAUGUGCACAGAAUGUGGGAAAGCCUUCAGCCAGAACUCCUCUCUCGUUCAACAUGAGCGAAUCCACACUGGAGAUAAGCCUUAUAAGUGUGCCGAAUGUGGGAAGUCUUUCUGCCAUAGUACACACCUUACUGUCCAUCGGAGAAUUCACACUGGAGAGAAACCCUACGAGUGUCAGGACUGUGGGAGGGCCUUCAAUCAGAACUCAUCCCUGGGGCGGCACAAGAGGACGCACACUGGAGAGAAGCCAUAUACCUGCAGUGUGUGUGGGAAAUCCUUCUCCCGGACCACUUGCCUCUUCCUGCACCUUCGGACUCACACAGAGGAGAGGCCAUACGAGUGUAACCACUGUGGGAAGGGCUUCAGGCACAGCUCCUCCCUGGCCCAGCACCAACGGAAGCAUGCUGGGGAGAAGCCCUAUGAGUGCCGACAGAGGCUGAUUUUUCAGCAGACACCAGCUUUAACAAAGAAUGAGUGGUCAGAAACCCUCGGCUGUGACCCAUCUUUGAAUCAGGAUGAGAGGACUCACCGGAGCAACAGGCCCUUUAAAUGUAGUCAAUGUGGGAAAUGUUUCAUUCAGAGCUCUCACCUCAUCCGACAUCAGAUAACUCAUACCAGGGAGGAGGAGCCCCACAGACGCACCCGAAGACGUGAACAGUCCUGUGGUCAGAACUCACAGCAAGUCCGGCAUCAGCACCCAAAUUCAGGAGAGAACCCUGUGGACCCAACAAAAACAGAACAGCCAGCAAGCAGGGCUCUGGCCUUGUUUGACAUCCAUGAAAUCAUGCAGGAGAAAAACCCUGUGCAUGUUAUUGGUGUAGAAGAGCCUUCCAUGGGUACUUCCAUGUUAUUUGACAUCAGAGAAUCCACAUAGGAUGGAAACGCUUCAGAUGGCUUUUGGACUUCAGGUACAAAAAUGUGGUACAUCUAGUGAAGUUAAAGCAUACCAUCAACAUCAGAAAUUGGAAGGAAGGAAAAUGGAUCAUGGCACAUCUCAGCAUGUAAAAAUUUGUUCCUAAAAAUCAAUUGCAGGAGGAAGGUUGGAUCUGCUGGGUGUAGAGUUGACUGGAAGAUUAAUCAUCCUGGAAGAAAACACAACAGCAGUUCUUGUACCAUGUUGGAACAGUUGUGCGUCAGAACACACUGCCAUCAGAACUUCCUGUGUCUUUCUUGUUCUUAGAGGCUGGGAGUGCCAUGACUGAUGGGGUUUCCAUUGCCCUAGACCUGGCUUCCAGGAUGCCGUGGAUCAGCUUUUCAGUUCCAUCUGGAGGUUCUGCAAGGCCCUGUCAGCAGCCCAAGUUGCUUCUCUGCAUUCACCUUUUCCUCACAUUGUGUUCAUGUCUCCAUUUCCAGCCCUGGAUUUUCACAGCUGACCUAUCUUGGCCUGUGCCUUUUGCUAUUUCAUUCUCAGCAGAUUAACUUUCACUUACAUAGCUCAGAAAAGAGCAUCUUCUGGCAGACUUUCCCUCUGCAAUGAUUCUGUAAAGGAGUGCUACUUCACAGAUGAAGAAUAUUAGGCACAGGCCAAACGUUACUAGUAACUAAACCAAGGUUACACAGGUAGGAAGUAGUGGAAUCAAAAUUUGAUGUUAGCACCCAGUUGACAGUGUCUGAAACAAAUUAGGCUUUGUUCAAAAGCUGACUUCGAUGACUUAGUUGUGUCAGAGGCAAUGUUUUUUGUGGUUCUUUUCAACCUUUCCUUCAUGGUCAUGGGGAGACUGUCAAAGCUCCAACCAUUGCACCUGUAAUCAAGACUGGAGGAAGUGGAGGGAAAGGGAAGGCCAACACUCAUCUCUCUAAUGUUUCAAAGAAAAGAUUUUCCUAGAAGUUUCCAUUUCGUGCCCACUUAUGACUCACUGGCCAAGACAGUCACAGAACCAUCCCACUUAAUGGGGAAGCUUGAAAAGGUAGCCUUGAGCAUAUCUGACCUGGUGGAUACAGGUAAGAGAGAAAGGUACUGGGAACUGGGUGAUGGAUAAACAGCUAGUAGCAUGUGUCCCUGCUCCUCCAGACCCUUGGAAGAAUCACCUGUGCUCCCUAUUUCCUUGGUGCCAGCUCUCACCUCAGUCCCCUUACUCUGCCCCUGCUGCCUCACAGAAACCACAUGGCAUAGCUACAUGGCAUCACGCCUUGGUAUCACCUUCAUCUGACUGUGGCAUCACUGUCUGAGCCUGCCAACCUCCUCCUUGCAGUACUCGGGCCCUAUUGUUCAGGAAUUCCUUUCUCUCCUCAGGGGUUCUGGUCCUGUCCUCCUCUUAAGCGUUGGGAUACCUGGGGGUAUCAGGGGCUCAUGUUGUGCCCAGGCCUUUUCCCAGGUGGCAUCCACACCCCUGGCUUUGUGUUGCUCACCCCAUACCUGAGUGUCUACUGCUUCUUGCUUCUGAGCUUCAGGCCCAGACUGCAGCUGUCUCCUAUUGGGUGGCUCCCAAACCCAGUCUACUCAAACAAACAUCCCUUUUCCCAUUCAGACUGGUCCCUUCCACUGGCCCUUUCAUGGGAUGGUGCCCACCUGCUAUCCCAUCUUUGAAGCCAGAAAGUCACCCUUCUUUGAUCUCCUCUCCUUCCUUACUCCACAAUAGAAAUUGCAUUUACCAUAUUAACAGCUGGGGUGUUCACUGUGUGCAUCCCCAGGAGUACUGCCAGCACAGGACAGCCAAGAGGGAAGGCAACACACAACCAAGUGCCCCAGCUACUCUGAUAGCACACCCCACUUUUGCCCAUUCCUCCCCAUUGCCCAUCAGAAGUGCUCCUCUCCUCCUGGUGGUGGGAAAUAUGCAGCAGUUAUGUCAAGGUUUCAAACAGCUCUGGAAGCCAGGACUGUGAUUGCCUUGUUCUCUGCACAUUGGCCCUCAAAACGGCAGAUACUGAAGAGGGGGUCAUGUUCUGUCACUUCUCAGAUUGGAUGUUGAAAUGGCUGAGAGUGCAGCAGCCCCACUGGGUAAGACGAGAAUGAGCAGCAGUGGAGGGAACAGGCAGCAGGAUCUGCAUAUCUUCAUUUCUCAUUUCAGUUCACCUUGUCCAGGCAUGAUACUCCUUCUUACUUCCUUGUAGAUAUUUUGAAACAAACUCCUCAGGGGAAAUUACCGUAAACAGGAAAAUUCAUGGUUUUAUCUGUUAACACAUUCUUUGUAGCAAA